UAAAUCUUUGUGCUUUAUAUAUUAUUUUAAGUAAAAUACUUCAUAUCGUAGUGUUGGCGAAAACUUAAACUUAUACUCGUCAUAAUGAAUCUUUUUUUAACUAAUUCACUAAUAAUGUUAUUAUUAUCGUGCAUCGAAUCGAAUGCUUUUAAUAUUUUUACAAAAUUACCUCUCGGUCCAUACAAAUUAAUCUUCAAACACAUUGGCAAAUGCAAUGAUUCUUCACAAAACAAUAAAAUACAACAUCAUUUGUACCUGAGCCAAAAUCCCAAAUCCAACGUGACUGAAAUCAAAGGAUACACAAACAGUAGCGUUCCAUUUGACGACACUUUGUUUUUGGAAGUAACUUUUUCUUUCAAAGAUGCAGAUGGAAGUUGGAAAGACAAUACGUUAUACCAUAAAUCACCAAAAGGUUGCUCGUCGUUCAAAUAUUUAUUGGGAGCAUCAUGGACCGCUAUAAUGGAAGGAUUAGGAAUUAAGAAUGUCACAUGUCCUAUAUCUCCGGGCAUUUAUACGGCUACGGGCGUGGAUACAUCAUUGUUAUCAAAUGCAAAUUUACCAAAAACAUUUGUUUACGGGACAUACAAAAUUCAACAAUAUUAUACACUUAAAAGAGAAGUUUAUAGCUGUAUUAUUUUGAUUGUAGAAUUUAAGCCUGUUUAAUGUACAAUAUCAUCUAAAUAUUUAUGCAAUAUUAUACAUUUAUAACCUAAUAUUG